CUUUCUUCAUUCCCCAUUUCUACUUCCCUUCUUUCCCUUUUAUCAAGGACCAGAACCAGCUGCUGUACUACUUAUUAGCUUCAGGGAGAAGAGAAAAAGAAAAAAAAAACCCCCAGAAAAACGAAACCAAAAAGAACCAAGCUUUCACCCCCUUUGCUUCCAUGGAUGCAGCGGAAGAACCCAUCUCCCCUACUCCUUCCGAUCAGCUUCCCCUCAACGAGCACAUCGCCAUGUAUCCCCACUUCAAGGUUCAUAGAAGGAAGUCGCGUGGCUCCAGGACGAAGCCUAGCCAGAUCCACCACCAUCUUCAAUCUCCUGAGCAACCUGACUCCAACUCUCAACUCGUUGUGUAUGACAAUUCACCCGACUCUAAAAGACAAAAGAGAGCGGCUGUACAUGACUUCUAUGAUGGUGCUGAGGCGAAGUCAUCUUCUGCGCUGGAGCGUGCAGAACAGUUUCGAGCAAAUCUACCUGCUGAUAACCCUAGCUUUGCUAAGACGUUAGUCCGUUCCAAUGUCACUGUUGGAUUCUGGAUGCAUCUUCCAAUGCGGUUUUGCAAAUCUUACCUCCCAAAGUCUGAUACAACUGUUCUUGUCGAAAAUGAAAUUGGAGCAGAAUAUGUAAUCAAUUACAUUGCGGACAGGACAGCUUUGAGUGGUGGAUGGAAGGCCUUCUGUGCUGCACACGAGCUGAUUGAGGGCGAUGUUCUCAUCUUCCAGUUGGUCAAACCCCUAAGGUUUAAGGUGUAUGUAGUGAGAGGAAAUGAUUCUUCUCCCAAGCCCAACAACGAUCUUCACAUCCAACCUACAGAGCCUAGUGAAAAGCGAAUGAUUUCCGCAAGAGAACCAGUUAAGCUGCCGGGAACCCAAGACAGUACUAAAAGUGCCCUUUCGAGGCAGGACAAUAGCAACAACGAUGAACAAGAAAAGCGUCUCGUAGCAAUAGAUUCAACAACCAACGCCAAUUUUCAAGAGCACUCUGAAAACAGCUCUGGAAACAUGGAUAUCGUCACAUGUUCUUCAGAACCCACCGACUCUCAUGACAUAAUCGACUUCUCAGGUGGGAUCCAAGAGUUCAGUGUGGUGGUCAAUGGCACCGAGAUCGAUUCGGAGCUCUCGGACCACCACCGGCAAAAAUACUAUGAAUUAUGCUGCUCCCAGAGAAAAUUUCUGCACGGGAACCUCCUCGACAGCAUCAACUGCAAGCUGGCUGCUGAGCUCAUAAUCGGAACAGUCGAUAUAGCUGAGUCCAUCAGGUCGUCCACACUGUCGAGCUCUCGCAGGGAGUAUGCUGUCUGGGAGAAGAACCUGAAAGGGUUUCAGCUGCUGGGGAUGAACGUCGGGUUCCUGUGCAACAGGCUGGACAAGCUGAUGAAGCUCGCAUUGGAAUCGGAGAAGGCCGUGGAGUCUGAGAGGCGGGAGGUGAAGCUGAGGCAGGAACGUGUCAGCGAGGAGAUGGAGUGCCUGGAAAUGAAACUCAAGGAGUUGAGACAGGCGAGGAAGAGGAUCGACGAAGAGAUCGAGACUCUGAAAGUGACUGCGGAGAGGCAUGAAGUCAUGUUUCAGGAAGUUGUGAAUGCUCCAUGUUGUAGGCCUAGGAAAAGGGGAAGGCCGCGGAAGGUGAAGCUGAAUGAAGAAGGCUUGGCUAAGAUCAAGCGGAUUCUGCUCCCUGAGGAAGGCAGCAGCGUUCAACCCAAUUCUCGAGGCUACAAGCGGAAAAGAGCGGUGAUAGACGAUUUCUAUGUGAAUGCUGAGGUGAUGAAUGCCGUAAUGAACAAGGCAGAGGAGAUCAAAGCCAAUCUUCCCGAGGAGCAUCCUACUUUGACGAAGACUAUGCUUCCUUCCCACGUUUCAAAUGGGUUUUGGCUGGGCCUUUCGAAGGAGUUCUGCGACGAGCAUAUGCCGAUUGUGGACCGGAGAGUCGAGCUGGAAGACGAGAGCGGGAGAGUUUGGGCCGCGAAGUAUCUCGCCCUCAAGCAAGGGCUCAGCGGUGGAUGGAGAGCAUUCUCCAUUGCUAACAAGUUGGUGAAAGGAGACGUCUUGAUCUUUCAAUUGAUUAGGAGAAUCAAGUUCAAGGUCUACAUUGUGAGGUCGAAUGCCUCGAUCGGAGCUGAUUCUGACGGCGAUUUUGGUACGCCGAAGUCCGGUAAGACGAGUUGCCCUGAGGAGGCAGGACAGAACUCGGAGUCGCAGCCACCAGAAUCUGUUCCGAAAAGGGGCGCUAGGGGCUCGAUGUUGCGUGACAAUGAUGAUGGUGAUGAUGGGACCGAGGAGACAUCGGGCCUGAUCGACAAGCUCCGCGGCAUCGCUCUCGAUUUCGAUCAAGUGGGAAGCUUCGAGUCGUUUGGCAUCGUGGCGAACGGUUCGAUCAUCAACAACGAGCUGCCCAGGCGACUCGGAGUGAAGUACUACGAGCUGUGCCGCAGCAGGAACUCGUUCCUGCACCAGCACGUCCUCGAGGGGCUCAACGACAAGCUCGUGGCCGGCAUGAUCGCCGAGACGGUGCACAUUGCCGACGCGAUCAGGGGUUUCGAGCUCGACGAAGGAGAAGAGGACCGGUUCGAGAGCUGGGGGAGCAGAUUGGAGGCAUUCGCGAAGCUGGGGAUGGAUGUCGGGUUCCUGCUAGCUCGGUUGAAGCAGCUCUCGGGGCUCGCUGACAAGGCGGACAAGUACAGGAAGCUGAGAGCAGAAAGAGGUGCUGUGGAGGAGAGGGUGAAGGUUCUGGAGGCAGAGCUUGGAGAAGCUAGAGUGAAGAUGGAAGAGCUGGAGCUUGAGAUUGAGGAAAUUGGGAUUGAUGGGGAUGGCGUUGAAGGUGCAGUCAGGGAGUUGGCAAGUGCUGCUUGGUCGUGA